AUGCCAGAGCCUGUCCAUGCCUACUCCUGCCCGCUCUUCUGGACUGAGUAUGAAGGCCAUUGCUACCGGUACUUCCCCAUCAACAAAACCUGGGCUGAAGCUGACCUCUAUUGUGCCGAGUUCUCCAUUGGCAUCAGAUCAGCCAAGCUGGCCUCCAUCCACAGCUGGGAAGAAAACGUCUUUGUGUACGACCUGGUGAACAGCCGCGUGCCGGGCAUCCCCACCGACAUCUGGACGGGGCUCAACGACCUGCGGCAGGAGGGUCACUUCGAGUGGACGGACGGCUCCUCCUAUGACUACCACUACUGGGAUGGCAGCCAGCCCGACGACGGGAUCCACUCCAUCCCGGAGGAGGAGGACUGCGUGCAGAUCUGGUACAGGCACAGCAGCGCUCUGCGCUCCUGGAAUGACAACGCCUGCGGCAGAGCCUUCCCCUUUGUCUGCAAGAUCCCCUCGCUGGCCCUGGACUGA